AUGACCCAAAUACUCAGCUUUGCCAACAUCGCCGCCGGCGAGCACGUCUUCCAUCGCCUUUUGCUCAUCGAAGGCAGGGCUACUUCGCAUCACUUUGGAGCACAGGCCGCGCUCACCGUCCUGCCCGACGAUCACAGCGGCUUCGACGCCGUCGUGUGGCAGGUCAAUCACGGCCACUUCAAGGCGCUCGUGCCGCUCACGCCCGGGCGCAACCGACUCACCUUCCUGCUGCACGCCGGGCCAGCCACCCGACCCACGACACCAAACGACCCCAGCGCAGAGAGCCAGAGCCUCGAAGUCGUCUUUGUCCAGCCGCGCAGCCCACCACUCCAUCUCGCCAUCAUUGCAGCGGCAGACUCUCCCGUAUGGCACAACGAUGGCCGACAGGCGCCAUCGGGCCCACCACCACCGCCGGCCCCGGACAGAAGCUCAAAACCCGCUGCCAAGUCGAUGCGCGGAUUCAUGGCCAAGACGAUGGACAAGCUCCGCGACCUCGACCUCGACAGACCUCGUCCCACAGCUCACGAUGCCGCCAUUGUCGACGCUCCGCCCGGUCCACGUCGAGAGGCCCUCAAGUCGGGCGGGCUCGCCGAGGUCAAGCGUCGCUUUGCCCUGCAGGCCUACCUUUGGCAGGCCUUUCACGCCGAGCAGAUGCGCAGACACAACCUCGGCCGCCGCUCCUUCCAGCUCGACGACAGCGCAUCCGACUCGUCCCCGCAGAUCCGCAGAAGUAUCGAGACGAUGCCUCGCAUCCACCUCCUCCGCUCCAGGCGGACGCUCAGGGAGUUCCGCGAUCCUGAAAACGCCCAGCAAAAGGCCAAUGCUCGCAACGGCGGAGCCAUGUUCAACUUUGCCCACGAGGCGCUCAUGGAUCCCGCGACGCCGCGCGAGCUGCACUGGUCGCCCGUCGCCGUGCUGGUGCUCGACACGCAGUACGAUCCGUCCAUGCGCCUGAUCCGCGCCCACGCCGCGGUGGGAUCCGGCGGUCCCGGUCGCACCUCGCACGGUGUCAUGGGAAGCCACUGGCUGUGGGCCGCCCCGUCGUCGCUCGACCAGGUCACAGCGGCGUUCCUGGACACGGAGAGGACCGACGAGCGGUGCUGCGUCAACGACCUUGACGAGUGCCCCACAGCCUGGCAGACGCUCAACAUCGGCUCUGGCGCCUUCUUUCACGAGGCCGGCCACGCUCUCAACAACCCGCAUUGGCCCUCUGGCCUGAUGGCGAGGGGCUACGUCGAAUUCAACCGUGCUUUCAUGACGAGCGAGCCAGCCUGCCACCGCAACGGGCUUCGAGGUGGCAACGUGUUUGCGCCGAUCCACGCCGGCAACGACGCGGCCCACUUCCACGUCCACCGCGCGCAGGCCUUGCGGGCGAGAUGGCACCCAUGCUUCUACAUCUCUUCCGACCCGCCACUGCCCUUCCUCGGGUCCAACAGCCCAGAGGACUGGAAGGCUUGGAACGACGCGGAGCCACAGGCGGACGCGACAAUGGAGGGAUGCCUGAUCAAGUGCCGCAGCGGAAUCGCCUCGAUCGAGAUCGAGGUAAACGGCGAGUACCGCGACCAUAUCGAAUGGACGGGCCUCGCCGGGCCGCCGCCGCCGCGUGAGACGAUGAUCACGCCCGAGUACCUGUGGGGCCGGAUCUCGCCUCACACGCCUUUGGCCUCGCGGCCGCCAGACGCGCGCGUCAAGCUCAACAUCGUCGCCUGCAACAUGCGGCAGGUCGAGGUCGACGACUUCUUCAACAACGGCGUAGCCCAGCAGGUCCGCGUGCGGGGCGGCGGCGGGCAAGGCGAGAUGCAGGUGGUCAAGGGGACGUUCCUGGGCAGGGAGAGCGACAACAAGUGGAUGCACGCCUUCCUCCACGAGCAGCAGCAGGCGAUGGGGCAGGCGCCGAGGAUCGUCAAGAUCAAGAUCCAUGCCGGAGCCGCGUUCGAUGGCCUCGCGCUGGUCUACAACAACGGAGCGGUGCAGACCUACGGUCCGAUGGGUGGGAGCCCCUCGGACUUCGAUGUCGGGCCCGACGAUGAGAUCGAGAGGCUCGAGGUGCGCUGCGGCGCGUGGAUCGAUGCCAUCGAAGUCGUGCUCCGGAGCGGGAGAAGGAGCGGGAUGAGAGGCAACGCUGGAGGUGGGAGUCUGAGGGUCCUCGAACCGCAAAGAGGACACCGCAUCGUGGGACUGUAUGGGUCCAACGGAUCGUGGGUCGAGAGCAUCGGCCUCCUCACCGCACCGAGACAGUGA